AAAUAUCCUGUUCCUUAAACAUUCUCAAAAUAAGUUCCAAAAUCCUAAAACCCAUUCAGAAUCUCAGUAGAAAGCACUGAAAAUUUUAUUUUUGGACAUCCAUAUUGCACAUUUUGACACCCUUUACAAAAAUCGUUGUGUCCGCUUAUGAAUAUUAGAAUUGUAACUAACUUCUCACUUAUAACUCGAAAAUUUUAGGUUAAAAUACAUACAUGAAAGUUUAAUAAUUAUUUAUAAAAAUAUUGUCUAAUUUACAGUAAUGUUCACAAGAUCCAUUUCUAGUGUACUAUGUCGUACAAUCAGAAAAUCGACGUUUCAAGCUAUAAAUAAUGGCUUAAAACAGUCUCAUCCACAACCACCAAGGUUCCUAAGACAUUGCUCCACAUUGAUUCAACCAAAGCCUGAUUCUACCACGAACAAACCACAACCGAUUGGAAAAGUCAAAGGAAAACUAUUUUUAGGCUACAAAUGUAAAGUUUGUAGCACCAACAACAGUCAUUUCAUAUCUAAAGUAGCCUACGAAAAGGGUGUUGUUAUUGUCACUUGUGAAGGUUGUAAAAAUCACCAUCUGAUAGCUGAUAAUUUGAAAUGGUUUACUGAUCUGGACGGAAAGCGGAACAUUGAAGACAUUCUAGCAGAAAAGGGCGAAAGUAUUAGGAAAGUCGAUAUGCAAAGGUGUAUAGAAGUCAUUAAAGAAGAGGUGAAAUAAUUUUGUUUGUUGUAACUUAUAACUCUAAACUGUGAUAUUUGUUUUGAUUAAUAUAGGGAUACAUUUAA